AUGAUUGGGUUGAUCUACCUCAUUGCCUACGCAGCACUGGCCGUGGCUGCGCUCCAACACAGACAAGCCGAUGGCGGUGAUACCAACGCGGGCGAAAAAGCGACCAUAAUUGAUGAGCCGGAAUGCUGCUGGUUUGUUGCAAUGCAGAUACCUCAGGCACAGAUUGGUGUUAUGCACAACUUUUGGUACGAGUCAACAGCUACGCAGACGGUAGCGACUGUCGUCUCAGACAUAUACGACUACGGCGACAGCACAGUGACUGGCGAAACCCGCACGACUCACAUGCCGGCUUCAGAAAUAUAUACAGAUUUUGGUCGCUAUAUGAUGUUCACGGCAAACCCGCCGACGGCUAUUCUCAAUGAUCAGCUUGGGAUCCCUCGCGAUAUGCUUCCUACUGGGAGUUAUGCCGCAACAAUCGUACACCAGGCGAACACAACGACGUACCAUGGGAUCACAGCACCGACAGCCUUCAACGAAUACGCAAGCAUUGGAGUGUGGACACCACCGACAGGUUCUGCCUUCGGAACUGAAUCAGGUCGAUGCGGAGGCCCCAUAACAACCCGGACUGUCGCCAUCGUUCAGGAGGGUUCGUGGGCUGCCUCGACUGUGACAUACUCGAAUCCCCAAGGCAAGUUUGGCUGGUAUACCAACAAUGCAAUCGACACCAAAUAUUUCACCGAUUCACCGGGAGAGCUGCCGACAUACGCACAAGUCGUCGGACUGUCUCGGACAAACGGGGGCAAUUUCGCAAUACCAACAGAGGCUGUCGCUUUGCUCACCAAGAACCCAGCCGUCCUCAGCGCUUAUCCGUGGAUCACUAAAUGUGGCACACUGGAUGCCUAUGGAGAGCCGACUGUGCAUAUUGCUGUUGAUCAGCUCACUGUGAUGGGUCAGAAUAUCAUUACAAUGCAGUUGGGAGCUCGUCAAGAGGCCCCAUCGCCUACAACAUCUUCUGCUUCGCUGGAGACGACAACGAUGGUGUCUCAGAUAUCAGGAAGCCCGGUGCCUGCGAGUACCGCUGCUUCUCCAGCUAUGGAGACUGCCUCUGGGGUAAGGACCUACGCUAUUUCAGAGACAGCCAAUGCUUCAGCUUCGAUCAGCAGGGACGCUUCGUUGGCCACAGCAGCAUCAUUCGAAGGUGAAACCAGCGACCAGGCGGCAGAGACGCUUACAUCAUCGAAUCCUCGCAACACUGCUCCUGCAUCGGGGUCCGCAUUGUCCACUGCUGCGAUGAACUCGUCUGCGAGUCAUGCUGCUCAGAGCGGUCUGAAUUCGACCUCUGCUAUAGGAUCGACAACUCACACCGCAUCGCUGUACACGGGAUCGGCAUCUAAAUGUGUUCGAGCAAUUGAUUGGCAGUGGUAUGUUGUUCUGGGCAUGGUGUUGAUGAAAGUGUAUUGA